ACUUUUAAGUAAAUAUGGAAGAGAGUGUAAGAAGAAAGACAUUCCAUUACGGACGCUAAUACACAAAGCGAAUUGUUUUCUUCUAAAGCAAAAACACCUUUUUGGCGAUCUAUCCAACACUUUGUUAAAAGACAUGGACGAUAAUCGUACGAAUUAUCAGAGUCUUUGGGUGAAGGAAGUGGUAUGGAUCGUUUUGUGAUAGGAAGUUAUCACAGUACUUCGCCAGGACUUUAUACAGCAGCGACCCGUUUGCAGGUGGAUAUUUAAAAUGAUGGAUACCUCAUAAAAACUUCGGUGUUACGGCACUUUUCUAUCCAUUGGAUGACUUAAUGGUGGAAGAAUGGGAUCUGCAAGUACCAAACCACGACAGCCAUUGGUGCAGUUUUCCGCGGAGUCUGCGGAUUUCGCCAUUAUCAGCUCGUGGUCCUCCAAACCUUCACCUGGUCGAUUCCACGUCAUCAGUGUACCAAACAGUGCUGAGAGUUUCUUUAAAAAAAUGGAAGUAUUUGCGGACAGCGGAGGCUGUAAGAAGCCCCUAACCGACUGGCAUGGGGUCAUGUCGGACCUUUUCGGUGUGGACCCGUCCAUGACCGUGGAAUCGGCCCAUGACUCGUCUUCAGGCUUUGCCUCAGAUGUUCCUAGCUACACAUACUCAGGAACAAAUAUGUCUACCUUCAAAGGGGGCAUGCGAUCAGACGCUAGUGAUUCACCAUUUGAACUCAAUUCCCGAAAAUACUCAGACGCGAGUGAUUCUCCGUGCGAGACGUCGCCGCGAAAAGCUCAUCGAAACUUUACCAGCAGCACACCAAAGCAGCCAAACCACUACAACGCUCAUGAUUUAAACAUGCAUUACCGAAUGUCAACCCCAUCCCCGCUCUCCUAUAGGUCCUCGUCUUCCAUGGGCACUCCGUCCUCCCUUUCACAGAAAUCACAGAAGUCCCAGUAUUCCCAUUCGAACACUUCCAGCCAACGUCAUCAUCCACAUCAGCAUCCACCUCAGACGCCAUCAUCAUAUCCACAGACACCCGUCAUCAGCUACAAAAACCCUGCGUACGAAUACCAAUUAGACAAACACAUGGAGCAAAUCCAAUACAAUAUCAAACGGAUAGAGCUUCAAGAAGACUGUCAUGUGACCAAACAAAGCAAAUACCGUCAUCAUAAACCGUCCUUGUUCGAUUUAAUUACUGAUGACGUCAUCGUGAAAAUAUUUUCUCAUUUGUCUUCUGACCAGUUGUGCCGGGCCUCUCGCGUCUGUCAGAGAUGGUACAGGGUGGUCUGGGAUCCGUUACUAUGGAAACGGAUUGUGAUAAAUAGUGAACGUAUCAAUGUUGACAAAGCUGUGAAGUACUUAACGAAACGUUUGAGUUACAAUACUCCAACUGUGUGUGUUAUUGUGGAGAAAAUCAACUUGAAUGGGUGUGAAAAACUUACGGAUAAGGGACUACAUACUAUUGCCAAACGGUGUCCCGAGCUUCGGCAUCUAGAAAUACAAGGGUGUUCAAAUGUUACCAACCAUUCAUUGUUCGAAGUGGUGUCAUACUGUGUCAAUCUCGAACACCUUGAUGUAACAGGUUGUCCGUGUAUCACCCGCAUCAGCCUCACCCCUCAGAUAAUGCAGCAGGCCACUGCCCACCACCUCCGGCAGAUCUACCUACGGACCCUGGACAUGACGGACUGUUACGCUCUGGAGGACGAGGGUCUCCAAGUCAUUGCUACUCACUGUAGCCAGCUGCAGUUUCUGUAUCUCAGAAGAUGUGUUCGAAUAGGCGACGCGGGACUCCAGUACAUUGCUUACUACUGCUCAGGACUAAAGGAAUUGAGUAUUAGUGACUGCAAAAAAGUGACAGAUUUCGGUGUCUGUGAACUGGCGAAAAUCGGCACCAAUUUACGGUAUCUCAGUGUUGCAAAAUGUGAUAAGAUAUCCGAUGUCGGGAUCAUUCAGUUGUGUAAACACUGCACCAAACUGCGAUACUUGAACUUGAGAGGUUGUGAAGCCGUAUCUGACGAUUCCAUGGACGUUCUCGCUCGACACUGUUCAAAGAUAAAGUCCCUCGAUAUCGGGAAGUGUGACGUCACGGACGAGGGUCUGUGUGUCCUAGCUCAAAACUGUCCCCAGUUGAAGAAACUGAGUCUCAAGUCGUGUGACGCCAUCACUGACGCAGGCGUCAAAUUUGUGGCGAAAUCCUGUAGACAAUUGCAGCAAUUUAACAUUCAGGACUGCCAUUUAACGGUGGAUGCCUAUAGGACGAUUAAAAAAUAUUGCAAGAAGUGCUUUAUCGAACACACCAAUCCCGGAUUUUACUAGUUUUAUAGAAAUAAAAAUAUCCCUUAUUUAUUACAACAUGCCCAAGUUGAUUGUUACUGUUGUUUUUAAUCUAAGAUUAAAAUGUAUAAACCAGA